CAUCGCCGUCCUCUCGUCAAGGAUCCUGCGGAGAAAGAAAGAAAAAGAAUUUCUCUUUUUUGCUCGUAUAUCGGUCUCAUUAACAACAGGGAUUAAUAGUCGUUCAUCAUGGCCUGGCGCAACCAGGGAAUCACCGGGUCCAAUAACAUCCCUCUGGGCCGGAGACGGUUUGGAGGUGAGGAGGGCCCGGAGGAUGAGAGUCGCACCGCGACGCCUGCCUCUAUGCCUGGUGCUGGUGAUUCGGCCUACAAGCGUGGUCGGAGCCCUGUCCGAGCUGAACCCCCCGCCGACGGCGUCAAGAAGCGCAAGAAGCGUAACCGUUGGGGCGAUGCGCAGGAAAACAAGGCUGCCGGUCUCAUGGGUCUGCCGACCAUGAUUAUGGCUAAUUUCACCAAUGAACAGCUGGAAGCGUAUACCCUGCAUUUGCGGAUUGAGGAGAUUAGCCAGAAGCUGAGGAUCAAUGAUGUUGUGCCGGCUGAUGGGGAUAGAUCUCCCUCUCCCCCUCCUCAGUACGAUAACUUUGGCAGACGUGUAAACACUAGGGAAUACCGCUACCGGAAGCGUCUCGAGGAUGAGCGCCACAAACUCGUCGAAAAGGCGAUGAAGACUAUUCCUAACUACCACCCGCCUUCUGACUACAGACGUCCUACUAAGACCCAGGAGAAGGUCUAUGUGCCUGUGAAUGACUAUCCAGAGAUUAACUUCAGUAUGAUAACUAACCCUCUAACUCCUAACCAUUGCUGUAUUUGUACUCUCCUGCACUCCUUGACUCUGCUGUGCUCGAGUCGGGCUUCUGAUGAAGACUUCGCCGCCGGGCGUUGUUUAUCUCCAGCUCGCUUCUUGCGAACCCUUGCUCUACCUGUUCUUUUGCUCCCACUUGCACCAUUUUGCUCACACUCACCCGCCUGAAAGUACUUAAAACAGCUUGCACUAACACUUAGCUUUUUGCUAUCUUUUAAAGUUGGCUUACUCAUAGGACCUCGUGGUAAUACCCUGAAGAAGAUGGAGUCGGAGUCUGGUGCCAAGAUUGCCAUUCGUGGUAAAGGUUCCGUCAAGGAAGGAAAGGGUCGCUCUGAUGCCGCUCAUGCCAGCA